AAACCCCGCCAUGUUUGAAUCAAUCUGGCGGUGAGUUCAAACACAACGUCCCGAGUCUGUGUGAAACGGGUCGGAUGGCUACAUGAGAGAAGGGAAGUAAGGACGGUGAUAAAGUUCAGGUGGAAGUGUGGCUGUGAGCGGGAUGAUGUUGAGGAGAAGGAGCAGCAGCAGUAGCACUAGCAGUGUUAAAGUCUCAGCCAGGCGCAGGAGCAGCAGCACUGUGGCUUUUGAUGAGUUUGGUUUCGCCUUCAUUAAGAGGAGAGAGAGGAAACUACAGCACAGAUCCCAUGAUUACUGCUAUCCUCAGCUGAAUGCGGUUAAAGUUAAAGAGUUGUGUGAACUGCUCAGUUAUUGGAAUGGAUCCAGUUUCCUUUGCAGGAAUCAGCUUGAACGCUUUAUCCGUAUUGGCAUUCCUCCUGCGCUGCGUGGCCGUGUGUGGAAGUGUUUGCUGGACAUCGAGGCAGUCCGAGUGGCCAGUGAUUUCAACUAUCAGGUGUGUCUGAGUGAGAUCCGGAAGCCUCUGGUGGACCUCAGCGUGAGCGAGUACAGCAUCCUUUCAGCCAUCAGCACGCUGGGCGAGAGAGAGAACGAGCUCAGCUCGGCUGCUGCAGGCUCUCUCGGCCUCGACGCGGCUCUCUUCAGACAGAUCGCUCUGGACCUGCAGAGGUCUUUUCCAACACACCGAUCUCUAAUGGGAGACACCCCUGAAGCCAUCGAGGGUCAGGCCAAGCUUUUCCGAGUGCUCAGUGCAUACGCCAAAUAUAACCCUCAGAUUGGGUACAGCCAAGGGAUGUCGUACAUCGCUGCCGUCUUGCUCAUGCUUCUCGGUGAGGAGGAAGCUUUCUGGGCUUUGGUGGUACUGAUGGAAAAACCGAAAUACCUGUCUGAGCUGUUCGACUCCUCACUCAAGAAGAUCCAACAUCAAGCGCUGGUGUUUCAGCAGUUACUAAAGCACAAGAAGCCUCAAGUAUUCCAGCAUCUGGAGAAACUGGGUGUGUCCUCAGUGCAUUUCAUCAUGCAGUGGUUUCUGACUCUCUUCACCUCUCUCCCAUGCUGGGACUCAGUGCUGGCAAUCUGGGAUCUCUUCCUGCUGCACGGCAUGGUGGUGGUGUUUCGUGCAGGUUUAACCGUCCUCCAGCUGUUGGAGUCUCGUCUCAUGACUAUGACGGAGGAGGCGGCCGUGCUGCCUGUUCUCCUGCGUGUUCCCGUAGACAUCUCUCAUUACCGCGUCCUGAUUCCAGCUUUAUGGAGUAUAGAGGUGCAGGAGUGGGAGAUAAACUGUAUGAACAGGCUCAUAUUGGAGGAGUCUAAUGAGGGUCACAAUGCAGAGGAAACUGACGAGAACAGUCCUGUGUCUCUGAGCUGCGAAGAACAGAACGAGCAGAGAGCUGAUGAGGAGACGAAUGAACCUUCUGGAAAAGAGGCUGUAGGCUCAGGUGGGAGGAAUGUGUUUGCACGCAUGCUGAAAGCGGCACAGCGCUACCUGGCAGACACGACCAAGCAGAGCACCGCCAAGGCCGUGGCCUCUCCCGGUAAAAGCAGCCUGACGGCAGCUCGCCUGCCAAAGAAGAGAACGUCUGCUUCCUUCAGCCUGACACGGAAUAGGAAGAGCCAAAGCAGGCAAUCCCAGAAUGCAUCUCUGGCCAGAAAGGGACCAUUUAACCUCCAGGAUGCUGAUGGAGAUGCCACAGAGGACGGUUCCCCGAUGUCCCUACGGAGACUGCGUUCGGGUCCCGUGGGUCGAGUGGCACGCAGACGCAGUGGUGCCCAGUCCACCCGGGUCAGAUCUCUCCUGCACCGGACUCAGAGAGGUGUCACCAGCCCCCUCCUGAAAUCCUCCUGCUCUAAACCAGGCCGAAACGAGGCUCGCGCGACGAGUCGGGAAUCCCCAGAUAGGACCCCAUCUCCAGGACGCGCUCCACUGACCGAGAUCAUCAUCGCUUCCAGUCCAGGCAUCCAGAUCCGGGAGUCUCAGCUGAUCUGAGGGACACGGAGGUCUGACUCGAAUCGUCUCUGAGUGGGCACUACACAGAGCGCCGAAUGAUGCCGGACUUUAAAACCUCGAUCCAGAUCUUAGUCUUAACCAUCUAAAGAGUCGGUACAGCUCAUGGUUUCUACACAGGAUCAUGGGCAUGGAGUGAGAUCCUCUACGGCACUGAGAAAUUGAAAUGUUUUAACACAGUUAUAAGAUAUUCUACAGUAUUCUGUAUAUUCAUUAGUUAUAACCUGAUAAUCUUAAACACUACUUAAUAGUACACACUAAAAAACAAUUAAAUAUUAAUCUGAGCACUUGAUGCUAAUAGCGUCUGUCAUUUUUAUGCCGCUUGUUGGAAUUUCUGGUGAAUGUUUUAUUGGAGUUAUUUGAGAUAAUAAAAGAUGAAUGAGCCA